GUCAAAGAAUCAACUCAAUCAAAAACUUAAUUGAAUGGUUGGAGUUUUAAGAAUAGUUUUAUACUCUAUAGACUUGAAGUGUGGAUGCAACACGAGUCUCUUCGUACCUGGUGCUAAUUAUUCUAUUUAGAAAGGAGGGGUGGAUGAGAUUUGAAUCCUGACCUUUAUAAUUCUGGUAUCAUGUCAAAGGAUCAACUCAAUCAAAAAUUUAAGUUGAUGGUUGAAGUCCCAGAAAUAGUUUUAUACUCUAUCCGGCAAAGUUUUAGAGUAAAUCUUAUUUUGUACCCACACUGCCCAAUUGCCUUGAAAUGUGUUCUCCAUGCAUGCAUAUUACCUAGUGUUGACAUUAUUUUAGUCAUAUAUUACUAAAUAUGAAAAAGAAUUCAAAGUUAUCAACUAAGAGAAGCUUUCUUCUGCUUGAAUGCUUCAAUUAUUACAACAAUAUUAUCAGUGCUGAAACUUUUUAAAGGCAGGGAUGAGAGAGUGUGUGUAUGUAAAUAGGAAGCUCAAUGAAAAUGCUAUAAGAAUAAGACUGUACUAAUAAACAAAAUUUAAAGUAAAGAGAGCUUUUUUAUGAGUGGGUUUCAUAUUCUUGGCCACCAAAAACACAAAUAGUUUUAUAGUGAGUGCUGCCAUAUGCUUCAAUGACUUUCCCUGAGAUAGGCACAUUACACAAACACUUGUCUAAUAAUAUCAUCUCUUUUUAUCACUUUUUUGUUUAUAAAAAUUAUUUCUUGAUAUGAUUUUAGUAUGAUCUGUGGGUCCCUUGCACUAUACCAUUAAUCAUUUUCAUCAUCAUCAUCAUUCUCAUAUUCACUUAUUCUUGAUCAUGGUUGUUUAUUUCUUCUUAUGUUUUCUUUGCUUGUUGUUUGGUGAGAGGUUGCAACAAUCAUGGCUGAACCAAACAAAAGAGGGAGUUGUAGCUUCCAGUUUCGUUUUUCUGAGGGCUUUUUGACAAGGAUAGUACUGAACUGGUUCUUCUUUAUAUUCCUGCUAAGAAACGGUUCCUCGACCUCAGCUCCAGAUGUUGAAGGUGAAGCGUUGAUUGAUCUCUUGAGGGUUUUGAAUGACUCCAAUCAUAAGAUUAAAGACUGGAAUUAUUUCUAUGUGACUCCUUGCUCAGGCUGGUCGCAUGUCACAUGUUUGGAUGGACAUGUAACGUACUUGAGCCUGGCUUCAAUUGGAUUUUCUGGAACUCUCUCUCCUGCCAUAUGUAAACUCAAGUUCUUGAAUAGCUUGGAGUUGCAGGAUAAUAAUCUGUCAGGUGAGUUACCUGAUUAUUUGGGCAGCUUGGUGAACUUAAAGACUCUGGAUAUCUCCCACAAUAAGUUCACUGGUUCUAUACCAAGUACCUGGGCCCAACUAUCCGAUCUUAAGCAUCUGGAUCUUUCAGAAAAUGACUUAAGUGGCAAAAUUCCGUUGCCAUUCUUUUCAGCUCGAACAUUCAAUUUUUCAGGAACAAAUCUUGAAUGUGGUGCCAAAUUUCAGAAACCUUGUGAUUCAACAUUAUCUCAAAAAGUUGCACCCAGAAAAUCAAAAGUCGAACUCGUCAUGAUUGCUGCAAGUUGUGGUGCAUUCUUCCUUUUGUUAUUGGGGGCGGCCUUCACGUAUCGACGACAUCAACUGCAUAAGUUCAAGAAUGAAGUAUUUGUAGAUGUUGCAGGUGAAGAUGAAUGCAAGAUCUCCUUUUGCCAAGUGAAGAGAUUUUCGUGGCGGGAGAUACAAAUUGCAACCAACAAUUUUAGUGAAAGUAACAUCAUUGGUCAAGGAGGCUUUGGGAAGGUUUACAAAGGCAAAUUGACAGACUACACAAAGGUGGCUGUAAAACGCCUCACAGACUAUCAUAAUCCAGGUGGAGAGGCUGCUUUUCUGAGGGAGGUUCAGUUGAUAAGUGUUGCAGUUCAUAAGAAUCUCUUGCGAUUAAUUGGCUUUUGUACAACUUCAUCUGAGAGGAUCCUUGUCUACCCAUACAUGAAAAAUCUCAGCGUUGCUUAUCGCUUAAGAGAUUUGAAGCCUGGUGAGGAAGGCUUAGACUGGCCAAAGAGAAAAAAGAUAGCUUUCGGGACAGCCCAUGGCCUGGAAUAUCUGCAUGAGCAUUGCAAUCCUAAGAUCAUACACCGUGAUCUGAAGGCUGCAAAUAUUCUCUUAGAUGAAAAUUUUGAAGCCGUCCUUGGGGAUUUUGGGCUCGCAAAACUGGUUGAUUCAAAAUUAACCCAUGUUACAACUCAAGUACGAGGAACUAUGGGUCACAUUGCUCCUGAAUAUCUGUCCACCGGGAAAUCUUCAGAAAAGACCGAUGUGUUUGGUUAUGGUAUAACCCUUUUAGAACUCAUGACAGGCCAGCGAGCCAUAGACUUCUCCCGCCUUGAGGAAGAAGAAGAUGUGCUAUUGGUUGAUCAUAUCAAGAAGUUAUUAAGAGAAAAGAGGCUCCAUGACAUAGUGGACAACAACUUGACAUCCUAUGAUCCCAAAGAAGUUGAGGUGAUAGUCCAAGUCGCAUUACUCUGCACCCAAAAUGCACCAGAGGAUCGCCCGAGGAUGGCAGAAGUGGUGAAGAUGCUGCAAGGAGUAGGCUUAAGUGACAGAUGGGCUGAAUGGGAGACGCUCGAAGAAACGAGAAAUCAGGAGUUGCAGAUAUCUCUCAUGACACAUCGGCUUGCUUGGAUGGACGAAUCGAUGGAUGAGCAGGAAGCCGUGCAAUUAUCAUCAGCAAGAUGAUAGCUAGGCAAGCUAGCCCUUGUGUUUAUGUGUGUUCUCUUUUUAGGAUCUGUAUUGAUUAUCCAAACUGUUUUUUUGUUGGUCAUAUUUACCAGUGAGAUAUGCUUCAUAUAUAGGUAGUAACAUACUAGCAUAUAGCAAAGUUGUAUGUGUAUAGAGUAUGAUAUAAUGCAUAUAGAUUAUAGAAAUAGAAACUGCAACUCUGCAAGGGUGACAUAUUAUUCACUUCAAUAUAAUGCAAUCAAAUUUUAUAGA